AUGGGGGCCCCAGUGUUGAAUGUUUAUGUUUUAUCAUCCCAGAUGUAUGGUAAGAAGGAGGUCGUCUCAGACUUAAAUCUUGACCUGCUUGAAGGCCAGAUAACGGUUUUAUUGGGCCACAACGGUGCGGGGAAAACAACCACAAUCAAUAUAGCCACAGGUUUUCUGGCCCCAACCCAAGGCAGCGUCCUGAUUGGGGACCUGAAUGUGAUAAAGAACACGGCGGACGCCCGGAAGUGUAUCGGCCUGUGCACAGAACGUUUGAACCUGUUUCAAAAACUUACCUGUAAGGAGCACCUCAUUUUCUUUCUUAAGCUCAAGGGAAUCUACUCUGCGAACCAUUUAAACUCAGUGAAGGAUUAUUUAGACUAUCUGGGGCUAAAAGACAAGCAAAACACCAGGUCAGGCGCCCUCUCUAAUGGUCAGCAGAGGAAGUUAUCCUUGGCUUGUGCUUUUAUCGGGGACACCAAGGUUGUGUUUCUGGACGAGCCAUCAACCGGCCUUGACCCCACGUCCAGACAGGAGAUGUGGAGCUUCCUGAAACGGAUGAGGACCAACAGGACCAUCCUGCUGACCACCCACGACAUGAACGAGGCGGAGCUGCUGGGCGACAGGAUCGCCAUCAUGGUGGAGGGGAGAGUUAAAUGCUGCGGCACGCCCAUGUUUUUGAAAGAGGCCUACGGUAUUGGCUACGAAAUGACGUUUAUCAAAAGUCACGAUUGUGUCACGGCUGAAAUAACAAAGAUAGUGACCAAAGCUAUGCCGGAGGCCAUUUACACAGGUGAAACCAACUCGGAAAUAUUCUACCUGCUGCCCGAGGACUUGACGCACAAGUUCCCCGAGUUCCUCAUGACACUGGAACACAGACAGGCCCCGCUCAAGUACGCCAGCUACACUCUAUCUGCCACCUCCAUAGAGGACGUCUUUCUCAGAGCUGGAGCGAACGCCCGCCGUGUCAGCGAGGACGAAAACUCCCUGGCUGAUGAAGAAGAACAAGCGCCGAACACCCGCCUUCCUGCUAGCAAAAUGUCACGGGUGAGCAGAGCAACGGCAAACAUGCGCGUGAGCAGGCCAACGGCAGACAGACGCGUGAGCAGCGCACCCUUUAACCGCCGCUUCAGUAUGAGGUACGACGCUUAG